CAGCUAACAAAGCACCGGGUCGCACGACAUUUUUCGAUGCUGCCUCACUGGUGUCUAUGGUGCUUGGCCGGACUUGCAGCGCUUGCGCAAGAAGAGGUCUCGGACGAUGAGUGCGCGACCAAGACCGCUACAGGCUGUGCCACGUCCUGGCUCCAGCGACGUGCUGCCCAACGCUCGGAGGAGAACGUGAGCUGGGGUUGGUCCAGUGCGCCUGAAGAUCUAGGUGAAGUCCCGCUGGGCUCCUGUUUCCAGGAUACCGGAGGCUCCUGCUCCUUCUUCUCCUGCGACAGCUCUCGUGGCGAGGUCUCUUGCGAGAGCCGCCGGUGCAAGUGCAAAGCGGGUUACUGCAACCACCGGGGCGCCUGCGUCUCCCAGCAUCAAAACGACAGGUGCGUCCGGCAAACGGACCACACCUGCCGGGUCUUUGCUUGCUCCAGCAUCUACGGCAACACCACCUGUGAGUCUGGCCAUUGUAUGUGUGCUCCAGGCCACUGCCAGGUGGACGGCUUUUGCUACAAAGACCGGGGGCGUCCUUGGCGCGCCAAGGUAGUGUCUAUUACGCAGGAGUUCCCGCGCUUCCCACAGCACGUCACACGUGCUUUGGCCUUUAGUGGCGGUGGCGGCCGUGCUUUUGCCUUCACACUGGGCGUCCUGAGAGCGUUGGAAGAGUUGCAGCUGAUGAGGCGAGUGGACGCCAUUAGCUCGGUCUCCGGUGGCUCCUGGGCCACGUCGGUCUAUAUGUUUUCCACUCUGAAGGUGAGUUACUUGCUGGGCCAAGCCACACAGCCCGAAGAGCUCACCAUGGACUUCUUAGAGAAGACCAACUCGGCUCUGGGCACGGUGGGCGCCGUGGGCACCUCAGCCAUUGCAGGAAAGUUGAUCAGUGACGGCAUCGAGUUCCAGGAAUUGUGGGUCAAUACGAUCUCGAAGGCCAUCCUGGAACCCUUUGGCCUACAUGACCUGGACAGCUACAUGGCCUCCGACCAUUGGGCCGUGGAAGACAUCAGGCGCCGGAACCCCGAGCUCCGCGCCGCGCGCUUCCUGACGCCCGCGCCGGGGAGGCCCAGGGUCUUUGUGAUGUCCGGCGCCAUUUUGGGACCCACAGGCUACAAGGCCACCAAGGAGAAUGUGGUGUCCUUGCAGAUGUCUCCUGACUUCAUCGGCUCCCCCUUCUAUCCCAACGACGCGCCCGUGAGCUAUGAGUCUCAAGACCGUCGUUGGAACCCGAAGCGAAAGGGUUUGGUGGGAGGUGGCUUCGUCGAGAGCUUCGCCUUUGGCGGUUCGCCGCCCCAGGAGGUGGCUGAUGGGUGGAUCUCCACUGAAGCGCCUUUGCAGCCCUUCUCCCUGGCCAAGGCGGUGGGAGUGAGCAGCGCUGGCGUCUCCGCAGCGUCGACUCAGGGGCCUCUACAUGGCGUCAUCAACUUAGCCAAGUUGAGCCCCAGGUCUGACUACUGGGCCAUUCCGUCACCAAAGUUCGAGCGGCCCAAGGGUGCCAGCACCUACCUCCUUGGAGAUGGUGGCAACAUCGACAACAGCGGACUGCUAGCCAUGCUGCAGCGGCGAGCGAGCAAGGUGGUUUUAGUGGUCAGUACUGGUCAUGCUCUUCCGGAUGACGUUGAUUUUUGCAAACCGAUCCUCCAAACCGAUCGACGCCUGGUCCCCACAGGUGCAUUGGGCCAGCAGGAGCUCAGUAGUGAUGUGGCUGAGCGCCUGGAGAAUCAACUGAGGGCGAACUUUGGCUAUUGGGAGAAGGACGAUAUUGGGGAGUUUUUGACUCAAAACCACGUCUUCCGGAAGAAGGACUUGGCGCCGUUGCUGUGUCAGCUGCAAUCCCUGAAGAAGCGUGGACAGCCCACGGUGGCCCAACGCCGCUUGCAGGUGCUGCCGAACCGUUGGUGGGGCAUUCGUGGUGGCUUCAGCGUGGAUUUGCUGAUGGUGUACCUGGACAAGUGUCAGAACUUCGAAAGCAGGCUGCCGAAGGAUACCGCUGACAACCUCCAGUCGUACUUUCAUGCAGAGUUUGCUCGCUUCCCUCACUACCGGGUGGUUUUCCAGAAUGCUGGCUCCGGGACGGCCUUGACGCAUCCGCAGAUCAACUUGCUGGCGGCCAUGGGGGAAUUCUUCGUCCGCGAGAAUGCCGAGCUUUUCCGCCGCCUGCUUCAGUGAGCGGGACGGAGCGACCAUUUGCCGAAGAGCGGGAAGGAACAACGAGAAACAUGGGA